AUGCAGGUGACCCUGAAGCCGCUCAAGGGGGAGACCUUCGAGGUCGAGGUGAGCCCGCAAGACUCCAUCGGCGCACUGAAGCAGAAGAUCGCCGAGUUGAAGGCGGAAAUGCCGGCAGAAAUUCAGAAGCUCAUUUACAAAGGCAAGAUUUUGACUGAUGACGCCACGGUCGAGGCUUCAGCCAUCAAGGAAGGGGAAUUUGUGGUCGUGAUGGUCGCCAAGGCGAAGGCGAAGGAGCCGACCGCAGCAGCCGCCCCCGCGCCCGCCCCGGCGGCGACGGCCCCCGCGCCCGCCUCCGGCGCAGCGCCCGACGAGGCGAUGCCGGACGCGGCGGCGCAGGCUGCGGCGAGCGUGGUGACAGGCGCAGGCCAGCGGCGCGCCUCGAAAGGGGAGCUGUGCAACAUGGGCUUCGAGCGUCCACAGGUCGAGCGCUGCCUCCAGGCGGCCUUCGGCAACCCGGACCGCGCUGUGGAGUACCUCAUGAACGGCAUCCCCGCUGGCCUCGCAGGCCCGCCCGAGGGCGCUGCGCCCGUGCCGGGCGGCGCGGGCGGGCCGCCGGCCGCGGGCGGCGCGGCGCUGCCGCCCGGCGCCGCGGCGUUCCCGGCGAUGCCCGCCGGGGGCGGCGGCGGCGGCGCGGAGGUGCCCCCCGAGCUGGCCAGGCUGCGGACGAACCCGCAGUUCCCCCAGCUGGCCAGGAUGGUGGCGCAGAACCCGCAGAUGCUGGCGCAGAUCCUGCCGGCGCUCGGGCAGACCGACCCCCAGGCGAUGCAGGCUGUGAUGGCGAACCCGCAGGCGUUCAUGCGGAUGAUCCG